UGUUGGUUCCUGACUGAAAUUAGAGAGAUUGAAGGGGCUGGGCCCACAGUAGCGAAAUGGCGAGAACGGUUAACGAGAGCGGGUGUGGAGAAGAAACACAGAGCCAGGAGCCGCAGGGACCGGGCCUGGGUUCGGCCAGAUGGGGUCCACAACACGCCGGUGCCCGAGAACUGGCAAAUUUAUACUCACCAGGCAAAAGAUGUCAGGAAUGGGUGAGUGUCAUCCUCUGCUUCUCUCUCAUGGCCUUCAAUUUCAUUCACCUUCUUGCCAAUUUCCACCUGGGACAUCUGUGGUACAUCCUGUUGAGUGUUGUGGCAGGAAUACUUACCGCAGACUUUGCGUCAGGACUUGUUCACUGGGGGGCUGAUACAUGGGGAUCAGUGGAUCUGCCCAUCUUUGGGAAGGCUUUUAUACGACCAUUUAGAGAGCACCACAUCGAUCCCACAGCCAUUACCCGUCACGACUUCAUUGAGACCAAUGGUGACAACUGCAUGCUUACCGUAGUCCCUCUAGCAAACAUGGCCUUCAGCUUCCUCACCCUCACCCCCCAGGAGAUUUACCGUAUCUACCCCUGGUUCUGCUACUUGUUCGCACUAGGCGUCUUUGUGACCCUAACUAACCAGAUUCACAAGUGGUCGCACACGUAUUUCGGCCUGCCUCGUUGGGUGGUGUUCCUGCAGGACUUCCACAUGAUCCUUCCCCGCAAGCACCACCGCAUCCAUCACGUCUCCCCUCAUGAGACCUACUUCUGCAUCACCACAGGUUGGCUGAACUACCCUCUGGAGAAGAUGGGUUUCUGGAAGAACCUGGAGGAUCUUAUCCAGGGUGUGACGGGAGAGAAGCCCAGGGCGGACGACCUGAAAUGGGCUCAAAAAGUGAAGUAACGCCGCAGGCUACCUGCACCCUACCUCAGAAGAUGCGGGCUCCGUCCGGGCUUCUCAUCCCCUUUUUUUGCCUCACACAGACUGUAAUCCAUAGAAAGCAAAACUAACAAACACUUUCUGAUGCCAUAGCUUUAAGUCUUGCACAUUGUGUCUGUUUUUCAAGAGGAGGGCUCUGUUGAUGGAACUUUUCAUUACUCCCUCGUGGAGAUCAUCGUUUCACAAUUGCAAUAUAUCCUAAACUCUUCGUAUGUCUAACACAAAUAAUAACUUUUUUUGAGUUGAUUUCCAAAUAGAGAGAAGGUAUGAUCAGAUAUGUUAUGGUCAGAUACAGAUAAUUUGAAAUUCGCUUUCCAAGAAGAUUAAAAGAUUUCCCUCACGUCAGAAAAUUCAAACAAGCCCAGCAAAGAACACUUGAAAGAGUGAACACUCCCUUUCCACUCCGGAGACAAAACUGUUCAUUUUCAGAGUGGAUGAACCACGUUAUAUUUAGCACUGCUUUUCUGGAUAAGUCUUUGUAUUUCCACCUCAUCAAGGGUCUUCUUGAUCUGCAAGUAAUGGCAUUAGAUUUAGGCCGUGGUAAGUAGUGGAGCUGGGGUGAUAUGGUAUUUUUGGAUGCUUUAUCAAUGUUGAUAGCUAAAGAACAAAAUGUUCUGUUACUGUAACAUUUGUUGAUUUCUUGCACAUUUGGGUUCAGCUACUGUUUUUUUUUUUUUAAAGAUGGGUGAUGACAAUAUUUAAUAGUUUAGUCAUGAAUUUAUCAAUCUGAGACAAUGACUACAGUUGCAGUGGAAGAGUCAAUGCUACUAUCAUCCCUCCAGAAUGCUAAAUGACAGAUCUGACCGCUCAGAGACGGGUUUAGUUUAGACAAACCAAAAACAAGCCAAAUUGCUCAUAUUGCUGUUGGAUUCUAAGCUUGCAUUUUGAUUGGAAUUUGUCAUGUUAUCUGACCAUUGAAACAGUUUGCAUUUAUAUAUUUGAUGAUAGUGGAUACACAGAAGAUGAGUAAUUUGAUCUAAAAAAGUGACAUUGACGUGUGUAACUGUAGUCAGCGUUGAUGCUUGGCCAUUAGAAAAUCUGGGCAAAUACACAUGUAUCAUGCUGUUGUUUCGCUGAGUCACUCCGGCCCGACUAACUAGUCUUUUCAGAUGAUCAUGUCUUCUGUCAAAAGCCUUUUUAGUUUGUUUUUUUUUAGACCUUUUUAUUUGUAUAGGACAGCUUAGACUUGAAAGGGGGGGGGGAGAGAAGGGGAAUGACAUGUGGCAAAGGGCCGCAGGUCGUACGUGAACCCGUGUUGAGAAGUAAACCUCUAUACAUGGGCGCCCGCUCUACCAGGUGAGCUAACCAGGCGCUCACCUUUUAAGUUUUUAUUUGACUCCUGAUGAACAGACAGUUUGGCAGGAAAGAGGCAAAUGGAUUUUGGUCAAGCUGCCUUACGUACGGACUACAGAUGCAGUACUUUUGUCUUCUUUUUUUUGUUAAUUUGUGUCAUUUGCUGCACUUCUUUGUGUCGCUGCAACGUUAAUUCUGUCUUUCUGGGAUUUGUGUCUCAGUUAAUUAGAUACAGAUACUCUGAAGUUAUGUGCCAACAGUCCAGGAAGGAAGGCUCCAGAUGAGAUUAUGUAAUUGAUUGAUUGGUUGAAAGUUUUUUUAAUGUAAUUUGUAAAUGUAUUGUACAGCCAAUAACUAUGCAGUGUAAUAAGAGGCCCUUAACCAUACGUCUUAACUCCUCUGAUUAGGUUAAAAUGCCUUUCUUUUUCUACUAGUUUGACACAUAUUUGCUAUUUUAAGUUGGAAAACCGGAGCUUAAAACAAUUGGCUACUUAAACCGCAUGACUAAAUUACUUCUACUAAUUAAGCUGUGACUUACACAGACGUAAGAAUGCAUGCAUGCAUACAGCAUGAAAGUAAUUGUGCUGCUUUCAAAAGAUGACCCCAAAUUUUGACCAAAUAUUCCCAGAUUUGAACUUUGAAAAUGUUCUCUAAUAAAUCCUAGAUUUUCAGGUGUAAAUUGAAGGAGCUAAUCUUGCUGUUCAGCUGGGUUGAUCAGGUUAAAGGUUGAAUUAGUGAGCUUCUGAUGUUGUACUAGACAAUGUAUUGAUAGUAUAUAUUUUUAUUAAAGUAAAAGUUCCUUUUUGAA